AUGGGGAAUCAGUCCCAGCACAGCCUUGACGGACGAGGAGGAGAUGGCGAGGGGCAGCGUAGCCGUUCAACCACCGCCACGAGAAGCGAAAUCGAGUCCGAAUAUUACCGUGACGGCAGAGGCAGAGGCAGAGGCUACUCCAACCGAACAGGCCGGGAUCGCACUUCCGUAUUCCAGCCAUCCGGGCCUACAUUUUUACGAGACUCUUCGAGAUCUCCCCCUCCGGUGACGAGGGAUACCAACCUCGACGCAUCGAGCACCACCAACAUACUCCAGAAGGCAGGAGAGUUUUACGAUUUUCGGUACGAUCAUGUCGCUCCACCAGCUCCGAUCCCAACCGCCACGAUUUGUGGACUGAGAGCCCGGAUAUUUUGGCUUGUACUGGGAAUUGUUGUGCUGCUUCUGGCGGUUGGAGUAGGAGUUGGCGUUGGCGUUGGACUUGGAGCGCAGAAACACAAGUCAAGUGCGGAACCAAGCCCUGCGACGACGUCUACCGGGUUACCACACACCUCGGCUUCAAUCCCGACCGCAACCUCGACUUCAAAGACGCCCUCUGCAACUAAAUCCCCCUCGUCUGAGUUGCUGUCCUGCCCGAGCAGCAACGGCACUCAAUAUAAUGUCCCUGACUCACAAAAGACCUUCCUACUCAUCUGCGGAAUAGAUUACAGCGGUGCGGAUGAAGCAGAAGAUUUGACCAGUGUAUAUACCGUUGGCAUGGAAGACUGCAUCACGAGCUGCGCCAACUAUCCUGGCUGCACGGGAUGUGGCUGGGGCAUCCUUGCAGGCGACGGCAGUUUGCACCGCUGUUGGCUGAAGGGAUCUCUGAGGAAGACACACAAGGACAAGACAGGUUGGUACUUUGCGACUUUGGAAGGGACAUGA